UGUUACUGAUGAAGCUACCAUGAAUAUUCACAUUGGUUAGGUGGUCAAAGACUCAAAAGUUAUGAAUGUGAGGCUGAAAUCUGUUGAAUUUUAUUUUCACUUCGAUCAUUUCCACCAAAAAAAAAGAUCAAUCUCAUCUCCGAUCACAUGUUUGAUUCAAACUACUAUUACAAUUCUGAAUGAGAAUCGCGAUUCUCUGCUUCCUCUUCACUCUCACCGGCGCCGCACACCAUCCCGAUCGCAUUUCCAUCAACUGCGGCGGCGGAGCCGCCGUCGUCAGCGGCAGAAAAUGGAGCGGAGACGCUGCAUCCAAAGGCUCCUCAUCUGUCAAGCGAGAGCUGAUCACAGCCGCCGAUCCAGUUCCCUACAGCUCCGCGCGAAUUUCUCGCUCCCAAUUUUCCUACUCCUUUCACCUCACACCAGGUCAGAAAUUCCUCCGCCUUCACUUCAAUCCUAUGCCGUACUUCCAAAGCUCCGACGAUCUCUUCACCGUGGAAGCUGGUGCUUUCACGCUGCUAGCUAAUUUCAGUGCUUCGAUUACUGCUCGCGCUCUAUCUCUCAGUGUUUUCUCUAAGGAAUUCUGCAUAAUUGUACAUGAUAAUCAGCCCUUAAGCUUAGUCUUCUCUCCCGAAACUGAGUAUAACUACGCUUUCAUUAAUGGAAUUGAGAUUAUAUCAGUACCUCCCACUGUUGCUUACUGUCAUGGUGGGGAUUCCGGAGUUAAUGUGCUUGGGCAAAAGUCUGUGAUCUAUGUCGACAACACUACUGCGCUUGAGAGGGUUUAUCACCAGAAUUUGAAUUGGGGAUGGGGCGAUGUUGGCGGAAUGUUUGGGGUUUGGGCAUCGGAUGUUGGGAAGAAGGGUGGUAAUUUUAGGUGGAGAGUGAGGGUUGAUGUUGGAUUUAGGUAUUUGAUUAGGUUACAUUUGUGUGAGGCUGUGAUGAAGAUGGAUUUCACCCUUGUUAUUGAUGACAUGGUUGCUUUGAGUGGCGCUGAUUUGCUCCGGGAAGGGGGGAAUCAGAGCUUGCUUUGGUAUAACUAUGUGGUGAUGGUGGAAGGGCACAAACGUGAGGGUACGCGUGAUAUCUCUGUUUCUCUCGUCUCUCAACACACGCCGCUUCAAGGAUUUGAAGUGUUCAAGCUAAGCAACCAUGACCGAAGUCUUGCUAGCCCGAAUCCUCUGCUUCCUAACCCUACAAGAGAUUCGCCAUCACAGAUUAUCCCAACUCUGGUAAAUUCUCUUCUCGGUCGCACGAAUGCUAUUGCGACUGUUGUGUUUACUGCGAUUUGCCUGCUGAAUAUCGUUGUCCAUUUGCUGCUUAAAAUGCGGGAACCUGACAUGACUGAGAUUGAGGAGGAAAGCAAGCCAUUUUCCAGAGCAAAGCGUCUCUGCCGUACGUUUUCCCUAGCUGAGAUCCAAUCUGCCACGAACAACUUUAAGAGCGGAUCUAUCGCUGGAAAGGGUGGAUUUGGUAUUGUCUAUAAAGGGUUUAUGGAUAAUGGGAGAGAGAUUGUGGCCAUAAAGCGAGCAAAACCAGAUUCCAAGCAAGGGGAGCUUCAGUUUUGGACCGAGGUGGAAACUCUUUCUGAGCUUCGACAUGUGAAUCUUGUUUCUCUUAUCGGAUACUGCAGUGAGCAAAAGGAAAUGAUACUUGUUUAUGAGUAUAUGCCCAAUGGGACAUUGGCUGACCAUCUGUACAAACUAGCCAGGAAAAACCUUGAUUUUUAUCCUCUGUCUUGGAAGGAACGACUUAAGAUCUGCAUUGGAGCCAUUCGGGCGCUAGACUACCUUCACACUGGCCAGGGGAUCAUACAUCGUGAUGUGAAGGCUUCGAAUAUCCUGCUCGAUGAGAAGUUUGUGGCUAAAGUUUCAGAUUUCGGCUUAGCUAAAGCAGGAGGUUUGAGCGAGUCACAGAGCCAAGAUAGCACGAAUCUUAAAGGCACAUUUGGAUAUAUUGACCCGAACUUUUUUACAACUCGUAAACUAACAAAAGAAAGUGACAUCUAUUCUUUUGGUGUGGUGUUGCUGGAGGUAUUGUGUGGAAAACCUGCAGUGGAGCCAUUGAAUGAUGAAGAUAAGCGUAGUCUAACUACGUGGGGCAUAGAUAACAUUAGGAAGGGACGAGUUGAUGAUAUUGUAGCUCCAAGUCUGAGAGGAGAAAUAUCACCGGAUAGCCUGGCGACAUUUUUGAAGGUUACAGAAAGAUGUUUGGACGAUGAACCAAAGAAACGACCAACAGCAGCGCUACUAGUGAUAAAACUUGUUCGUGCACUUCAGCAGCAGGAGAAGGCAGAAUCUUUAGUACAGGUAGAGAGGACUAGUGUCGAGGACGUUGUUUCGUCUGCAGAUGAAUCUCAGAAUGAGAACAUGAAUUACUUGAGUCCAAAAGAGCAAGUAGAUAAGGAGAAUGAUGAAAUAAGAAGUGUUAGUGAUGCAUUGCCAUGUAUUGAUAAGGAUAGAACUAGCUUAUCAAUUGGCUCAAGACCAAUGGCGCCUUCCUUUAGUGCGCAAACUUUUACAUCACUCCAAAGAGAACAGAGUAACAACACAAUGAUGAUUCGGGAAGAAAAAAAUGGGAAAAAAUCCAUGAUAUCUAAGAUAUCACGAAAACUUUGGCCGUGGGAUGCAUUUCGGAAAACCAGGAAAUCCUCAAACAAAGCGGACAGGGUUCACGCCUGGCAGUCAGCACCAUUGUCACGUAGGACCAUCAAUACACCAUCUGGAGGCAACACUAUUACUAAUAAGAAAAUAGGUGGAAUGAGUUCUACUCCAGCUGUAAGGAUUUUCUCUUUUAAGGAACUGAAGGCUGCCACAAGAAAUUUCCAUGGUGAUUCAGUUGUUGGAGAUGGAGGUUUUGGAACAGUUUAUAAAGGACGGAUACAUGAGAAGUCUAGUGCCAAAGAGGGAAGUGGAUCCCUAGUUGCUGUCAAGAAGUUGAAUCAUCAAAGUAUGCAGGGGUUUCAAGAGUGGCAGGCUGAGGUGCAAUUUCUUGGAAAACUAUCUCAUCCUAAUCUGGUGAAGUUAUUGGGAUACGGAUGGGAUGAUAACGAGCUUUUUAUUGUCUAUGAAUUCAUGGAGAAGGGAAGCUUAGAUACCCAUCUUUUUCAAAGUUCUCGUCCGCCACUUCCAUGGGAUAUUAGGGUUAAUAUAUUGAUUGGAGCAGCUCGCGGACUGGCAUUCUUGCAUUCUUCGGACAUCAAAAUUAUCUACAGGGACUUCAAGUCCUCAAAUAUAUUGCUUGGCAAUUCGUACCAUGCCAAGAUAUCUGACUUCGGCCUUGCAAAAACGGGUCCAGUCGCUGAUAAUACUCACGUGUCAACUCAGGUUAUGGGAACACAUGGUUAUGCCGCACCUGAGUAUGUGAUGACAGGCCACUUAACGGAAAAGAGUGACGUGUAUGGAUUUGGCGUGGUGUUACUAGAAGUGAUGGCAGGUUUGCGAGUAAUUGACAGGAGACGCAGCAGUGAGCAACAAAACUUGGUUGUCUGGAUGAUGCCGCGUUUGUCUGACCAGAGGAAGUUGAAGCAGAUAAUUGAUCCGCGUAUGGAGGGAAGAUACGCCUCCAAGUCUGCAGCGAAAGUAGCCGAGCUCGCCCUCAGCUGUCUUGAUAUGAAUCCUAAACGCAGACCCACAAUGCAGCAAGUGGUAGAGACGCUGGAAGGUGCCGCCGAGACACCAAGUCCAAGACAGCCUAGAGUUCACUUCAGUCCUCAGCCUAGGUAUUUGUCCAAAUGAUAGCUUCAGAUGAGGAUGUUUUAGCAAAGUGUAGUAAAAAGGAGGAAGAAGUAUCGAGAAGAUUCGAGGAUGAAGGUUGAACGAAGACGACGCUUGUUAAUCAGUUGGGAAGUUAUAGCUGUUAGGCGGUUAUGCUGACGUGGCAAACCGAAUUAGUUGAAAGUCGCUACUAUAGAAGAAAACGUUAGUACUACUACACGUUUUUGUGAAAUAAAAUUACUAAGUUGUUCUUCUCAUAAA